UUUUGAUCGCCCACUGAAAGCGUCAACAUGGCGGAUCGUGGGAGCGAAGUUCAUCCAGAUCUCCAAAAAGAACGUCAAAAAGCGACAUUUAGUUCAUAUUUGUUGACAAAUUUUCUUGAUGGAUCGGAAGAAAAGACGAAGAGGCGUCGAUACAUUGAGAAGCUCGCAAUCGACGAUCCAGAACUGCAGCAUAAGCCAACAUGUUUCCUAACACGCCCAGAAGCUUUGGACCUUCAGCUGAAGAAAGCAAGUCGUAUGGUUCUGAUGAUACAUGAACAUGACCUCUUUGACCCUUACGAGAAAGCAAUGUUUAAAAGGGUGGUUAGCCCCCAUGAGUCGCAGCCCUUCAACCUCCAUGACCUGAUGUUCCUCCCGACCCUCCUGAACCAAGGCACCCAGGAACAGCAAGAGAAAUGGAUGGAAAAAGCAAUGACGUAUGAAAUCGUUUGCACGUAUGCUCAGACCGAAAUGGGUCAUGGAACUUUCCUGCGAGGUUUGGAGACCACUGCGACCUAUGACCCUGAAACGGAAGAGUUUGUUUUGGAGAUGCCUACGUUGACGGCUACAAAGUGGUGGCCAGGGAAUUUGGGAAAAACAACCAACCAUGCCCUAGUCCUAGCCCAGUUAUACACACAAGGCAAAUGUCAUGGUUUACAUGCGUUUGUCGUUCAGAUCCGAGACUUCAAAACAUGGCAGCCAUUGCCUGGCGUGACUGUCGGGGAUAUCGGCCCAAAGUUAGGUUACGCCUCAAUGGAUAAUGGUUUCCUUCGACUUGACAAAGUGCGCGUUCCUCGGGAUCACAUGCUGAUGAAACAUGGCCAGUUACAUAAAGAUGGCACCUACGUUACAAAAUCGAAAAACUCCAAGUUGACGUAUGGUACCAUGUUAUUGGUACGUGCGGUAAUCACGAGGUUCAUGAGCCAGUGUCUCGCAGAGGCAGCCACCAUAGCCAUACGGUACAGCGCCAUUAGGAAACAAUCGGAAAUUAAGCCAGGGACUGAGGCGUUUAUCCUCGACUAUCAAACCCAGCAGUACAAUCUGUUCCCUGUCCUUGCCACGGCAUAUGCGUUCCGUUUCACAGGGGUACACGUGGUGGACAUGUUCUUCAAGAUUCAAGAUGACAUCAACUUAGGGAACCUGGAGUCCCUCCCUGAGCUGCAUGCUGUGUCUGCUGCUGCGAAAGCUUUCACAAGUUGGGUCGGUAGUUCGAUGAUCGAGACAUGUCGCUUGUCUUGUGGCGGCCAUGGUUACUCACAUGCUAGCGGCCUGCCGAAGAUUUACGCGGAUGCCACUCCGGCUUGUACGUACGAGGGAGAGAAUACUGUCAUGAUGCUUCAGACAGCGAGACUGCUAAAGAAGUACCACAUGCGAGCCACAAACGGCGAACACAUUCCCGGCUUCAUGGCCUACCUCAGCGCCCCAAGAACAACACGCUCGUCCAUCGAUAAGAACCUUCGUCUCGAGGACCUGCUAGCGCUGUACAAGCAUCGGGCGCAUGCGUGCGUGGAUGAGGCCAUGGCGCGCUUUGCGACAGUCUGCAAGACACAUUCCGAGUUUGAUGCGUGGAAUUUAUCAUCGGUGCUACUAGUCAAGGCUGCUACGGUCCAUUGUCAUUAUUUCAUAGUCUACAACUUUGUGGAUGUCUUGCCUACUCUGGAAGACUCCCUCAAACCUGUGUUGUCAGCUCUUUGUCGUCUUUACGCCGUUCAUGGUAUCCUGGAAAACUCAGGUGAUUUUAUCAAGAAUGGUUACCUCACGCCCAGUCAACUCGCCAUGCUACAGAACGCCAUGUACGAUCUCCUCGGUGAGAUUCGGCCUAAUGCCGUCGCUUUAGUUGAUGCGUUCGACAUUCCCGACAGGAUAUUGGACAGUGUGCUGGGGUGCUAUGAUGGCCAGGUCUACGAGAAACUCUACAAGUGGGCCCAGCAGUCGACACUAAAUCAAGAAGAGGUGCCACCUGGGAUUUUCAAGUUCAUGAAGCCAAUGGUCGAGGAACUGAAGGCAAAGUUAUGAUCCUAAUGAUAUCGGGAUAUUCAAAUAGACUCUGUCAAAUUUUUAUAGGCCGACCACUCUUAAUAUCUGCGCAAACGUGUAUACUCCAUAUACGCGAACGAUGACCGUUAAUAUUUGGCAUGAAAUCUGGUGCCAUUUGUGAUGCUGAAAGGCUGGAUGUCGUCCUGGGUGCCGACAAAUGGUACCCAGGUUCGAGAUCGACUGGACAAUAAGCACCCUUCUUUUUGCCUGGGUGCUGUUUGUCUAGUGUAAUGGCACCCAGGGUGCCUAUUGUCUAGUCGAUCUCGAACCUGGGUACCAUUUGUCGGCACCCAGGACGACAUCCACCCUUUCAGCAUUUGUGAUCCAUCACAGCAGAAUCAGGCGCAUGUCGCUCUGAGCUUGGCAGUUCGAGAUGGACUGGUUGUUCAUUUCACUGUUGUCUGCCUUUCGUGAAAUCUUGAGUAUAUCAAUUGCUUCCAUUAUCUCCUGGUGUCACUUACUUAGGCAUAUCUUCUGUGCAACAACGCGCCUCCUUUUGCUGUGACUGAUCCAAUUGAUCUUGUUGCUGCCGUUCUCGCCUCCUGUUCUUUUUAGUAGAGUCUGUUCUAUGGUGCAAUUUAUGGACUUUUGUGAUUGUAGAUGUGCGUGUGCAAGUGUUACAUCAGGUGUCAUUCAGGGUGUGGUGUGCUCUGUUAAGAUGUGACAGUUGUAACACUUCUAUGUCUUAGUAUAUCAAUGUGCUGUUCGCAAUCAUGCUGAAUUGAUCAAAAUCUGUAUAAUUUGCAUGUUUGUAAAUCUAAUUUAUUGCUUGAUAAGUGGAUACAUAACAUAGGUGGAGCCACAAUCCUAUCAGGAGAUUGUGCAUCACUGCUGGGGCCCUCUGGCUACACCUAUGUAUAAGAUAUCUUUGAGAUGUCGGUAUUGUCUUUUGGUGAAUGGGUUGGCAAACCUUAGUUCAAUUUGUCGAAUUAAGAAUGUUCCUAAAUUUUAUUCUUGUGCUAUGUCCUUUUCUAUGUCGAUGUCAUAUCAUUCCAAAUGCAUCGUCAAGCUAUUUCAGUAUUAAAAAUUAUGUACUGGCCAGUUAUAUCAAUCUAUUUGUUUACAUUUGCAUGUAAUAUUUUAAUCGCUUAUACAUAUGAAUGGGUAUUUAUUGUUAAGAGUGUUACGAUUAAUUUUAAUUAAUUUUAACAAAUCUCGCUUGCAAUAUUGCAUUGAUGUUAAUUUAUAAGUGCAUAGGCCUUGUCAGGUGGAAAUAAAUUGUUGAUUUACGAGGCCAGGAGGAAGUAUACGUCAUUUCCCCCAGCCUCGUCUUCGCCACAGUGAUCUAUAUUUUUAGAUCAAUGCCCGCUGGAAUUGGAAGCUUCUAAACAAAUAUGAUAUUUUUUCUGCCAGACUAAAUGUUUUAGGGCCUGCCGACACUUCAUCAGCCCUAUAAAUCAACAAUUUAAAUACCCGCUUUCCAACUUUUCGCUAUCGGCUAACUCAGGUUGAGCUAAUGUUCUGACCCAGAACCUCGGUUUUGAGUCUACAUUUUAGCUCAAACCCCUUGUCUCAGCUUAACAAUGAAGUACAUAGACCUGCCUGCUGUGUUACAUGUAAUUCCUUAUGGAAUAAAUCAAGGUUCAAAUGAUAA